AUGUCGUGGGAAGACCUCGGGAACUCAUCUCCUGACAUUGACGAUGACUGGAUGAUCAAUGCGUCGCGCGAAAUCCUUUCGUGGGAGACCGCCGUCGGAGCUGAUCGGGUGGCACCUUUGGCAACCCUCUCGUCCAAACUGUUCGAACGUUCAGUUCGUAGACGUGACACGCAAGACCUCGAAGACGCCAUCUGCGCGGCGCGCGAGGCCAUCUCUAUCUGCCCUCUGACAGACGAACAUAGCGCCGCACUACUGCACCUCCUUGCUUCUCCUCUCCUCCGUCGGUUCGAACUCGCUGGUCAGCCAGCUGAUGUACAAGAAGCUUUAUCUCUUCACCGCAAGGCGCUCUUCCUUCGUCCUUCCGGGCAUGCACACCGCUACGCUUCUGUGCUGUCGCUACUGCACACCCAUUACUGCCACACUGGCGAACCCCAGAAUUCGAUCGAAUACUCCAGUAGCGCUCGGGAAGCCUUGUCGCUUUUCGACCCCACCCGCCAUGAUAUCCCUGGAACCCUUACGCUCUGCUCUGCAACACCAAAACCAGCGACAGUCAGCGAUACUCCUCCUCUGCCGCUUUCAAAAGCCGAGCAGGAAUGGCAGCGCCAGAAGGACGCGGAAGGCGCAAAGAACUCCAACAUCGAUACCAUCAUGGAGAUGACAGGCCUCGAGGAAGUCAAGGCCCAAAUGCUUAGGAUCAAGGCUAAAGUCGAUAUCAUCCGACGCCAAGGCGCGUCGCUCACGGGCGAAUGCUUCAACAUUGUCCUGCGAGGUAAUCCGGGCGCCGGCAAAACAACGGUCGCGCGACAUUAUGUGAAGUUUCUCGCUUCAGUCGACCUCAUUCCGGACGACAGCUUCAUAGAGACGACCGGAUCUCGUCUGGCCAACAGCUCCGUUCGCGAAAUCAAGGAGCAGAUCGAAGAGAUGCUCGAGAAUGACGGUGGGGCAAUAUUCAUCGAUGAGGCGUACCAGUUCACUAAUGGAUGCAGCCUCAACGGCAGACAGGUCCUCGACUUCCUCCUCGGCGAGAUGGAGAAGAAUGAUAACAAGAUAGUCUUCAUCUUCGCGGGCUACAACAGACAGAUGGAGACGUUCUUCGAGCACAACCCGGGGCUCAUCAGCCGCGUUCCGUACUCGCUGCAGUUCAACGACUUCAACGAUCUCGAGCUCCUGCACAUGCUCGAGAAGCUCAUCUCGAAGAAGUACAACGGGCAGAUGAAGGUCGAGGGCGGGGUGUUCGGCCUGUAUAUGCGCGUCGCGGUCAGGCGUCUGGGCCGCGGACGAGGGAAGGAAGGCUUUGGCAAUGCUAGGGCGCUCCAAACGGUGUUCGCGACCAUCUUCGAGCGGCAGGCGAUGCGCUUGACGGAGGAGCGCAAGAAAGGAGAGAGCUCGGAUGACUUCUUCCUGGCGAAGGAAGACAUCAUUGGCCCUAACCCUUCGAAGGCAGUCCUGGAGAGCGUCGCAUGGAAGAAGCUGCACGAGCUGGUCGGCCUUGCCGAGGUCAAGCGGUCCAUCAAGACUCUGUUCGACCUGAUCGCUGAGAACUAUAAACGCGAGCUAGCGGAGAAGCAGCCGAUCCAGAUGUCGCUCAACCGUGUAUUCCUCGGCAACCCCGGGACAGGCAAGACACUGGUUGCGAAGCUGUAUGGGCAGAUAUUAGAAGAUCUCGGAUUGCUGAGCAACGGCGAAGUCUUACUCAAGAACCCCGCUGACUUCGUCGGAAGUGCCGUCGGAGAAUCGGAACGGAAUACCAAGGCUAUUCUGGCGGCUACGGCUGGCAAGGUCCUGGUCAUCGACGAGGCGUACUCAUUGUACGGAGGUGGGAGCGCAGGUGGCGGGAAGCAGAGGGAUCAAUACAGGACAGCCGUCAUUGACACCAUUGUCGCGGAGGUCCAGAGCGUUCCAGGCGAAGACCGGUGCGUUCUCAUGUGCGGCUAUGAACAGCGGAUGCGGGAGAUGUUCCAAAAUGUCAACCCAGGUCUUUCGCGCCGAUUCGCCAUUGAGGACGCAUUUCGCUUCGAAGACUUCUCCGAGUCCGAACUUCUCGAGAUCCUGAACCUGAAGCUCAAGGAUCAAGAUCUCGACGCGACGCCUGAGGCCAAAGCGGUGGCGAUCGACAUGCUUAGCCGUGCCCGCGACCGACCGCACUUUGGGAAUGGCGGGGAAGUUGAGAACAUGCUCGGCAAGGCAAAGAACAACUACCAGUCGCGCCAGUCGAAACUCCCCGCUUCUCAGCGGCCGCUCGACGUUGUCUUCGAACCUGUCGAUUUUGAUUCCAACUUCAACCGCGCGGAAAGCUCGGAUACGAACCUGAGGAAACUCUUCAAGGAUAUGGUCGGAUGCGAGAAGAUCGUAGAGAAGUUGCAGGAGUAUCAGAACAUCGCACGUGUUACAAAGCUGCGUGGACGGGAGGCACGGAAGGCACGGCAUCUCAUUCCUACUAACUUCGUGUUCAAGGGGCCUCCUGGUACCGGCAAGACGACCACGGCGCGCAGGAUGGGCCAGGUGUACUACGACAUGGGCUUCCUCUCAUCCACAGAAGUCGUCGAGUGUUCUGCCUCCGAACUUGUGGGACAGUACGUGGGACAGACAGGGCCGAAGACGAGGCAGGUCUUCGAGCGCGCGCUUGGCAAGGUCCUGUUCAUCGAUGAGGCGUACCGUCUCAGUGAAGGCGCGUACGCGAAGGAGGCAGUGGAUGAACUCGUCGGGAUCCUCACUCAGGAGGCUUUCGUUGGAAAACUUGUCGUCGUCAUCGCUGGAUACGACAAGGAGAUGGACACACUGCUGGCAGCCAACCCCGGACUUGCAAGUCGGUUCCCCGAGGUGAUACAUUUUGAGAACAUGUCGGCGGAGCAUUGUCUCGAAAUCCUAAGGAAAGAUCUCGCGAAGGACGAUAUCGAAUGCGCGGCGCUUGGGGCGACAAGCUCCGGCGAGUACAGGCACCUAGUGUCGCUAAUCGGGCAGCUUUCUUCGCUGGGCUCGUGGGGUAAUGCGCGAGACAUGAAAAUACUCGCGCAGCGGAUGGUGCGUCUGGCGUUCAAGUGCGCCACUGGCGAUGCCCAAGGGUCCGACGGGCCCAAGCUCCCGUUGUCCAGUGUAGACGCUGUUCGUUGCGUAGCCUUCAUGUUCCGCGAGCGUAGUGGACGAGCCCCGAAACCUCCGUCGUCGUUCAUGGCCAAGGACACGCCCCUCGUGCAAAACCUCGGUCUUCCAACAGCUACUGGCGAUGCCAAAGGGUCUAUUGGGUCCAAGCCCCUGUUUCCCGGCGCAGAUGCUGCCCGUUGCAUAGCGGCCAUGCUGUGCGAGCGCGGUAGACGGGCCCCUCAGCUGCCGUCGGCGUUCAUGCCCAAGGACACGCUCCCCAUGCAAAACCUUGGCUCUUCAAUGACGACUGCACACAAAGCGCGCGUUACUUCGCAGACGCCGAAAGCUGCUACCCAGCAAGAAGAGGCCUUACCACUGCCCCAGGAGUGUAAUCCCGAGGUCGAGGAGCAGUGCACCACGCGGUUCGCAGUAGACAAUGUGCGUAAACGGAAGGAAAUGGAGUUCGAGUCCCGAAACGCGGAGAAAUUAGAAGAAGAGAAGAAGGAGCAGAGAGCGCAGAAGAAGCUGAAACAGAUGGGACUAUGCUCUGCUGGUUAUGAGUGGGUCAAGCAGACGGGAGGGUAUCGAUGCAAAGGCGGGUCCCACUGGGUGAGCGACUCAGAACUUGGGAUGUGA